AUGACUUCCGUGGAAGCCGAAAACCAGCCAGUUGAGGACUCCGAGGCGUUCAUAGCGAUGGAGGAGAAUGGCGCACCGAAAGACCCUCAGGUGGCUGUUUCUGCACUGGAUGAAGCUCCGGAAGAGGGAGCGGUUUCCGAUGGAGAGCGUGAGGCCGCGGCGGCGGGCGAUGAUCUGUCGAACCCCCAUGCUUUCAAGAUGGCUGCACGUGAGGUGGAUGAAGGCUACAUGUCUGUUAUUCGGGGCCUGAGCGCCUUCAGCCGCGAGGAUGAGGAGGUCUCCCGAAAUGCUGUGGACAUCUGCAAGGAUAUUAUUGCGAUGGAACAGAGCCUUUUUUCUGAAGUUCCCAGCUACGUGACGAACCACACUUCCAUGCAGCGUGCAAAGACGGACGCCUGGAACAAAGCAGUCCAGCCACACUGGACUAUUCCCACACCAGAGGGACCUCCUCGCACUUGGGAAGAGCAACGCGCGUACGUUGAUCCAGGUGUGCCACUGAUGCUUCCGUAUAGCGCUGAGCGGUUCAAGAAGGAGCAUCCUGAACGAGCCCUGGUAGAGGGUACGUAUCAUAAUCUGUUUUACGGCGAUGGUACACAGGUCGUCUUCCCCACUUCGGCCGAUAACAAGAGGAAGCAAAUUGAAGAGGAGCAGAGAAAGCAUCCUCACCCGUCGUAUCACAGGCCGUACGUUUUUAAGCCACAGCAGAAGAAGCCCAUGCGUGUUGCUCCCGAUUUUGUUCCUUCUUGCGCAGAGCCUGAAAACCCACGCGCUUCCCUGCAGAAGCCAGUGAAAAAGGAGAAAACGGAGAAGUCACAGAAGAAAGUGACCUCGAAGUAG